UAUGUGCCUUCGGUAUCUCCAUUAACCUUUUGAGCGGGAAGGAUUCUUUAGUGUAGAAGAACAGUGUUAAUGAGCACACAGAUAUGAGAUGAGGCCUUCUUAUUAAGGGCUACUGGGUCAAUCUAGGGUACUUUGGUCGGCGAUUCGGGGAUCUCGGGAACAAAAGGAUUUGGGAAUCGGAUUCUAUACCAAAGAUCUGUUAUGUUUAUAUUCAUGAUUCUGGAUUUCUCUUGAUUCAGGGGAAAGAAAAAAAAAACCUAAAAAAAACAGGUUAGGUCAUGUAUCAACAAAACUGAGCCUUGCUACCAGGCUGAGACUAAGGUGACUUGGACUUUGAAUUAGCUUCUGGUCUUCCAGAUCAAAACACAAAGCUAGGCUACUCAUUGAUACUAAUUAAACGAGAAAAGGGAAAAAGGAAAAGAGACGAUGCAGGAAAACAAUACAUCACCUUCUAGACCCUCAUCGCUAGCAUGUAUUCCCUGUCGUCGUCGCCAUCUGAAGUGCGAUGCUAUCAUGCCUGUCUGCACUCGCUGUCAAACAACCAAUACCGAAUGUCGAUACGUUCGUUCUAGACGGGGACUCCGGUCGAAACAUGGAAGACAUGCAUCGUCUCACCUAUUAGACGACGAUAUCUCUUUGUUCUCUACCGAUCUUUUUUCUGGGUGGUUGAAUUUGAAUCCCGGCACUCUUCCGUCGGACUUAGAUAUACAGGCAGCACAAGCGCUGUUCCAGCCACUGGAUGUGCCGACAACAUUGGAAAUACCCCCUUUGGCUAUCCCGGGGGAUGAUGCCCUUAUUACCCUCACCGAACCGGAGUUUACUGCAACUGCGACUCCUGGCAGCAUCAGAUCAGAAAUGGCGUACGACCCAAUGAUUCAGCUCUAUUACCAGAACUUUCACCCAUCACACCCACUGCUAUUACCAAAGAAAUCGCUCUGCUCGCCGCUCUGCCAAAUGAUUCCCCCUUAUAUUUUCGCCAUCAUGCGCUACAUCGGCGCUCACUAUUACCCAGAGCCCGCCUUUAAACAGACAUACCGACAGCAGGCAUAUGGCGUACUCUCUGAACAGACAUCCCGGGACCCCUUCAAAGUCCAGGCGUUGCUACUACUCGCCAUCAUCGACCAUUCCCACUGUCAUGAGGAAAGUGGCCACCGGUUGAUCCAAGAGGCGGUUAAUUUAGCCCUGGAUAUAAAGAUGAAUCGCUCAUGGUUUGCCAGAGAGCAUUCGCACGGCUAUACAGUACUUGAAGAGAGCUGGCGCAGAACCUACUGGGAGCUUUAUGUCGUCGAUGGACUGUUCGCGGCUACGCGCGAGCAAAAUUUGUUUCAACUCUACCACCAGCGCGCUGACGUGAGGCUACCGUGUGCAGAAAAGAUGUACAACUCCUGUGACAGUGUUUCACCAACCCGACAAACACUGGACGAUCUGCUGAAUGACUGGACCCUCGAACCAACAGCGACAGGACAGUCAUUCUCCUCAUUUGCGUACCGAAUCAAUGCCGUGCGCAAUCUAGGCAUGGCCCUCGAGUCAACCCGCUCACUUGAAUUGAACCUCGAGUCCCAAAGGGAGAUUAUCGACGCCCGUCUCGCUUCCUCACUAAUGACACUUCCGCCUCUCCAGGGAGAAGGAUACGACAGCAGCAGCCAUGACGAAAUGAUUUUCCAAGCGCAGAUGGCUCUUUACUUAGCACUAAUAUACCUCCACCACCCCCAUUCCAGUAUCCGUUUCGCCUCCUUCAGCACACCCCCCCCCUGUACGCGUCUAAAAGCAUCUCGAGAUACCAGAGCCCCUAACGCUACGGAAGCCCUGGCCCCAAAUGCCAAUGCCAAUCCCAAUUUCGAUCUUCACUCCCACAAGCUCCUCCGGGCCGCAGACCUGCUCUCUAGCCUCGCCACGCUCCCUAGCUCCAUCCAGUUCCGGUCGCCGUUUUUCACCUGCGCAUUGGCUAUAUGUGUAGUGGUGCACACGGCCGCCGGACUAGUGGCUUCGGGCCCCGGAAAGCGCGAGUCGCUUAAGGUGAGGGUUCAAUUGGGCAUUGGGGCGUUGAACGCGCUUGGGAAAGUCUGGCCGUUAGCGAGGUCGGUGAGGCAGCAGAUGCUGGAUAUGUACCAGGAGGUUCAAACUGCACAGAGAUGAUUUACUUCUUCGAGCAGAA